GCCCUCCCUCCAAGCAGCAGAAGAGGAGCCGAGCUCUUUUGGGAAGCCAGACGCUGCGGUGCGGGCGAAUGAGAGGAAAGUUGCCGUGUGUUCAUAAGGAGGAAAAAUACACCACGUCAGAGAGCGAGCGAGUUAUAAAACAUCCCCCCCUUUAGCCAGGCAGCCCUCCGCAGCACGCACUGCACACGCACAAGCCGCUCUGGCUCCCGCUCCUUCAUUUCUUUCUUGACACUCCAUUACUAAAUAGCGGGUUUCUCUCGCGAACAGAACUUUCCCCCUCCCCACAAUCAUGUCGAGCAAAGAGGACAAACCAGUAGAACAAUCCCAGUCCAGUUGGAAGGACUUCAUCUACAACCCGCGGAGCGGCGAGUUCAUUGGGCGCACGGCCAGGAGCUGGGCUCUUAUUCUUUUAUUUUACCUCAUCUUCUAUGGAUUCUUAGCUGGAUUAUUUUCACUCACUAUGUGGGUCAUGCUGCAGACACUGGAUGUACACCCUAAGUAUCGGGACAGAAUCUCAAAUCCAGGAUUAGUAAUUAGGCCAAAGGCACCAGAAAUAAUUUUUAAUAGGUCAGCACCUUCAGAAUAUAAGGAGUACACAGACCAUCUGGAGGCAUUCCUAAGUAAAUACAAUGGUGAACAUCAACAGAAUAAUAUUGACUGCACUCCUGGAGCCUACUUUAUUCAAGAUAAUCAGCCACUCCCCAAACAAGUCUGCAAAUUUGAACGUAGUUUGCUGGGCCAGUGUUCUGGGAUUACCGAUCAGACCUUUGGCUAUUCUGAAGGAAGACCUUGUAUAAUUGUCAAAAUGAACAGAAUUAUUGGACUUAAGCCAAAACCUACUCCUUUCAUCAACUGCACUGCAAAGAAAGAUGAUAAGCUGAGUGUGAACUAUUUUCCAGAGAAUGCAACAUUUGAUUCCAUGUAUUUUCCUUACUAUGGAAAAUUAGCUCAUGAGGGCUAUGUGCAGCCCCUGGUGGCUGUUAAACUGUUGCUCAACAGUUCUGAUUUCAAUAAGAAGCUGUCCGUGGAGUGCAAGAUCGAAGGGUCCAACCUGCUGAACAACGAUGACCGGGACAAGUUCCUGGGUCGGGUAGCCUUCCAGGUCAAGGUCACUGAAUAGCAGCAACGGGACGUCUGCAAGAUGCCAGUAUUGUGGUGGUGUUAAUUUUCAAUCAGCUGGACCUGCCAUUCUAGGACAUGAGACCACUUUUGGAAAGCGGGGUUAGAGCUGGGUGGCAGUGAUGGUAGCAUGAAGAGGUGCUUCCAGGUCUUAGUUUUCAACCCCCUAAUGUGUUGCUGCCUGCCUGCCUUGCCCUCGGUUUCCCUGACCAAUUCAGACCCUCCUUGCCUUCCUCCGUCCCCGUCUAACCUGUACAUGAGCGUAUUAAGACAUCGUGCCAUGGUAGGAACAUGUAAAUAUAUCUGUUAAGUCAGCCAUUGAAUUGAGUAUUAUGGUCCUUUCUCCUGUUGUGAUGUGAAUUAUAUCCCCAGUGAGUGUUGCUUUUGUGUGCCGUUUCUUUGUACAUAUUUAAUGGAUGAACACUGGUUUAACUGUCAUAUAUCACAAUAUCAGAACAUGUAAGGGAUACAGUGGCACCUGAAACGUUUCCGUGAUUUUAAUAGCUAACUAACCUCUGCAAAAUGUCAACGUAUAUGCAGAUGCCUUAAGUCCUGUAUGGGGGGAGUGGGAGGAGUAUCUUAAAAAUAAAAUGAUUUUAAGCUA